UUUUAAUCCAUGUACGCAAAUUUUUAGUAAACUACCCUACUCAUAACUGCUUUUCUCUCACCUCUUUCUAAAGUCGCCGCUUCUUGCUUCUUCUGCUACAGCAGACACGACUCCUCCCCGCUCCCUUCUCCCCGCUUCUUAUUCUCCCCGCUCAUCCGCGCCAGCCACCACCAUGACCGCAUCUCCGUCCGCCGCUGAAUCAAUUCCAGAGGAAGUCAGAGUUCCGGAGCCCAAGCCCGUUAACCAGACUAUUGCUCAGAUCCGCUCGCUUGCUGCUGGUGCUGCCGGUGGUGUGUGCGCCGUUGUUGUUGGACAUCCUUUUGAUCUGGUGAAGGUGCGCCUUCAGACGGCAGAGAAGGGCGUUUACUCUGGUGCUAUUGAUGUCGUGAAGAGGACUGUGGCCCGGGAGGGUCUCGCUCGAGGUCUUUAUGCAGGUGUCUCUGCUCCCCUGGUGGGAGUCACGCCAAUGUUCGCUGUCAGUUUCUGGGGUUAUGAUGUGGGUAAAACGCUCGUCGGCAAGAUGUCCGAAGUUCGCGUAGAGAACAACACCCCUCAAUACACCAUUGGCCAGAUUUCCGCUGCGGGUUUCUUCUCUGCCAUUCCCAUGACCUUGAUCACGGCACCCUUCGAGCGCGUCAAGGUGCUCCUUCAGAUCCAGGGUCAGAACCCCCCGCCUCCCGGUCAGAAGCCCAAGUACUCUGGCGGUCUGGAUGUGGUCCGCCAGCUAUACCAGGAGGGUGGUAUUCGCAGUGUGUUCCGUGGUAGUGCAAUGACCCUCGCUCGUGACGGCCCUGGUUCUGCUGCGUACUUCGCCGCCUACGAGUAUAUCAAGCGCACUUUGACUCCCAAGGAUGCGGAAGGAAAUGUCACUGGCCAGUUAUCCAUGCCUGCCGUCCUGGCUGCCGGUGGUGCUGCUGGUAUUGCCAUGUGGAUCCCUGUCUUCCCUGUCGAUACCAUCAAGUCUCGUCUGCAGAGCGCGCCUGGUCGUCCCACAAUCGGCGGUACGAUUCGCACCGUCUAUGCCAGCGGUGGCUUCAAGGCUUUCUUCCCUGGAUUUGGACCUGCUUUGGCAAGAGCCGUUCCUGCCAAUGCUGCUACUUUUGCGGGUGUUGAGCUGGCUCAUCAGUUCAUGACAAAGCUUUUCGACUAGACGGAUGCCUUGCGCGCUGCAGGUACGGUGGUGUAAGUCUAUCGGUUAUUUGAUAUUGUGGCGUUCGUUAUUUCGUCAUUCUGUGGAAGCAUUUUGCAAGCCUGGAUAUUCUGUUUUUCAUUUAGACUAGACGGUUCCUGGCUGUCUGUAGCGCUAGGAAUUUAUAUUAUAUCAGUAGAGAACC